UGAUUUCACGCUUGUGGUUGGUAUAUUCCGCUCGCGCCGGUACAUGGGCUUCUGUCAAGUAGUUCGCAGUUGAGAGACACAACGUAAUGAUUUCUACGUGCGAAGCCUAGUACGGAAUAGUAAAUACAGUGACGGUGUACCACUAAGAUCCGGAGGGUCUGCGCGAGCGAGACACUUUGUUUGAAUGACGUAAUUGUAUUGAUCGCGGAAGAAGAGCCGAAAGUCGCGCAAUCGCCAUCUUGGACGAAUUGUGGGAAAAGAAGUUUGUGCUUCGUGGGCGAUAUAAUAAUUACUGAACUGUAUCCGCGGCAAUCCGCCAGUUAGUUAGUUUUAAAGGGAUUCAUAUCCGUUUGUGAACUGUUUACCCAUUUGGACGGACCAAGACAAAGGGUUCGUUCGUUGGGUCUGAGUGGUACUAAAUGGUUGCCUGCAGACAGCAUGUCUACUCUGUCGGGGAAUGUGUCGAAGGGGGAGAAAGGAAAAUCCAAGUUUCAAUCGUUAGACAUCAAUAAUUUAUACAGGACAAGUAGGGGAGAAUCCUUGGAGCAACAUCAACAGAAAAACACAAUACCACGGAAACAUGGAAUGCAGAGUUUGGGAAAGGUGCCUUCGGCACGGCGGCCACCUGCUAACUUGCCCAGUCUGAAAAGUGAGCACAGCGGCAGCGACCCAGCAGUUAGUCUUGUACCAAGCGGUGGCAGCGGUUGGGCCACUACUAAAGAUCCUGCCACACAAACUACCAACACCACUAGCAACGCCACUACUACACCACCUACAACCUCCGAUACUACCACCAGCAACACACCCUCGCCACAAUGUGCAACGGGAGCUGUUCCUGCAACGGCAUCACCACUGCAACCACCACAACCAGGACAACAGAAUACUUCACAGACAUCACACUCCACUGCGCCCUCAUGGAGCGCAAUUAUGAGCAGACCAGGAGAUGCCGGUGGGCCCGUCGUGGCAGCAGUGGUUGGUUACGCGGGGCUUGUGGGGGGCGGGAGAGGGGGAAGAGGUACCCUUGGACUGAGCUUUCUCGCCCACCAGUCCCCGCAGUUCCAACACGAGUUCCCCAGCCUCAGUGGCCAGACCUCCGCCUCCAUCUCCAAUCAGAGUCAGACUCAACCGUCCUCGACAACGCCGAACGCAAAUUCCAAUGCGAUAUCGGUAGCUGCUCAACAACAGUCGUUGCUGCCGCAGCAGUCCCAAUCCCACAGCCACUCAGGCGAUGGCACAGCCGGGUCACAGCAGGCACAGUCUCAACAGACCAGGGAAUUGACUGCACAAUAUGGUCCAGGACCCAGUCUACGCCCACAAACGGAAGGCAGUUGGAUUCAAGGUGGAAGUCGUACAGCAAGCGGAACUGGAGCAGGAACACCUGGGCCAGGAAAUGGGAAUACUCCGGGGGCCCAGGGCCCCCCGCAUAUUGGCGUAGGUGGACUACCAGAGGGACCCGCUGGCGGGCGACCCAACUUGGGCCAGUCGCUACCCAUGGGCAUGGCCCAGGCAGGCCCUAAUGGUUCCCCAGCUGCCCAAGCGGCUACAACCCCUGGCGCCAGUCAAAAUCCUAGCCUGCAUAACUAUCGAGGAUUAAUUCCUCCUUUCAUGUACCGAGGCAGCUUUCCUGGAGGAUUUCCUUCACAAUUCCCACCAAAUAUGGGUGCGAAUGGCCCUCGACAACGAUUCACCCAUCCCCAGGAACGAUUCCCAGCUCCCCCGCGCCAGCAAGAACGUGAACGUCCUCCUCCCCCAGCAGAUGAAGAAAUAAUCACCCGUCCAAUAAUUAAAGAGGAAGAUUUGUCAAGAAUGGACGACAUUUCACGUGAUGCUGGGUGGGCAGCCCACGACGAUAUCGAUUACAACCAAAAGUUAGCUUUCAGCGAUGACGAAACAGAACAUGAACACCAUAAAAAAGAUGAAAAAAAAGACUUCAAAGAUGACAAACGCGAGGAAAGUCAACCCGAGGAAAAAGAGAAGUCAAGAGAACGUGAACGGGAGCCUAGGGAUAAUCGUGAACAGUCCCAGUCUCAUCGUGGAUGGAAUCAAGGACCUCCACCGUUAUCUCGUGAUUUCCGUGGUACAAAUGGUCCUGUCAAUCAUCCUCCGCAACAGCAAAUGCGAACUCCACAUCCACCUCGGGGUCUCGAGGAAGACGAAUUAUGGAAUCAGAGACGCAGAGAACAAGGAGAAUGGGUGGCCUCGACUGUGGAGCGGGCCCGCCAGCGUAAAGAAGAAGAAGAAAAAAGAUUCCGAGAGUCCAUUAAACAAGCUGCAGAUAAAAAACUACAGGACUUGGAGCAAAAAAUUAAGGAAAAAUACGUCAAGCAAAAAGAUGACGAUUCAGGAUCUUCAUCCGAACCGAAAUCUUUAAUCAGUGUACCUUCGUCUAUUAUUCCAGUACCCGACUGGGAGCGAGACAGGGAAAAUCGAGAAAGUCGCGAAAGAGACAGAUCUCGUACUUCAUCCGAGGGCAAAGAUGAAAAGCCUGUGAGCCGAGACUCUCGCGAUAGUCGUGAUACUCGGGAUAUUCGCGACACACGAGAAACUCGUGAUACAAGAGAUACUCGAGAAACUCGUGAUACGAGGGAUACGAGGGAUACGAGGGAUGUCCGGGAUACCCGAGACGCUCGUGAUACUCGAGAUGUUAGAGAUGUACGUGAUACUCGAGAUUCUCGGGAUUCUCGAGACCAGCCAGUCUCAGAAUUUCGACAAAUUACUCAAAUUGAGCGUCCGAACUUCAUGCGGUCUCAAGACAUGUCGCGUAACGAGCGGGAACGCGAUCGCGACCAACGAGAGAUUAGAGAAAGGGAGCAACCGGCAUUUUCUAAGCACUUUCAGAACGACUUACCCCCAAGGUUCCAGAAACAACAGGCUGAGAGAACUGGUGGAGCCUAUAACAGGGUAUCACCGAAUGCAGAGCAGCGGCCCGCUCCUCAAGCAAUACCUUUCUCUCAACAAUAUGAUCCUAGCAGAUGGGUGCACAGCAGUCACCCUAACGUGCCGAACAGUGUCAAGAAGCAAUCUCAUUCCAUGCCACUGCCCCAACGUAGAAAUCGAACUGAUUCAGAAUUGUCUGGUCCAAUCGAGGACGAUAGACCUCCUUCAAGAGAUCAUCGAGGACUACCGAGAGACGAUCGUUACCGACAUUCGUCCCACAGAUCGUACGAUGGUCGCAAACCAUCUAGCGGUAGUUAUUAUGAUGAUCAUGCACGCUAUAGAGAAUACGAAUAUGAUGAUAGACAUUCUCGUGAUUCUUGGGAACGUGAAAGGCAUUACGAUGAUAGAGACAGAGAUAAUCGAGAAAGAGAAAAGAAAGAUUACGACAAUUAUUCCAAGAGUUCGCCACAACAAGAUCCGUUUGACGAACGUGAACCCACUCGGGAGCGCCCAGAGAAUCCCGAGUGGCGAGAUGAUAGACGGGACAUGCGCGAUGAUCGGAUAACCCAAGAAAGGCAAACUGAUAGUCGUCGUGAUCCACCCAGAGAUGAUCGUAUUGAUCGUAGUGAGCGUCCUCAAAGACCGGAUUCUCGUGACAGUCGCGCAUCUCGAGAAUCGAGAACUUCUCUUCGCGACGACGACAUGCAUAAGUCACGAGAUUGCGGAUCCUGGGUGAAUGAUAUACCAGAUUAUGAAGAAAAGAAACGAGAUCCUUACCGCGAAGAUAACAGAGAUCGCCGGCAACCGCCUGGACCUGUAACCAGGGAAAAACUGGAAGCUGACGAGCUUAAAGGUGAAAAACGUAAUUUGACGCAGCUGAAGCGUUCUGGAUCUGAGCUGGAUAAAAAAGACAGCAGCAAAGAUAGCCCUACCGAGGCUAAGAAGGAACUCGACAUGUGGAAUAGGAAAUUGGAACUGAGCUCAGAAAACAGUAGAAACGUGGAAAGAGGAGGUGAUAACUCGCCGAAAGCGUGGGCUGAUGCAAUAUCUCCAACUUUGGAGAUGGAAGAUGAGAAGGUUUUUCUUGAACCUAUGAAGGAUGAAAAAGAGAUUGAUGAAAUGAAACAAAGUAUGGAAAAACUAAGUGUCGACAACAAACGGGACGAUGCCCUAUGCAUCGAAGUUAAAGAAGAUGUGAAAGAUGAGAAGCGGGAUAAAAAUGUGAGAAAUAGAACCAAUAGUGGAAGUUCAAGAGGUCGAGAAUCUGGUCGUAGUGCUAGGCAGUACGGAGGUUAUAGCGUGUACACUACUCGUGGGUGGCGUGGCGCGGAUCAGAGAGGGAGAAGAGGAGGACCAAGGUCCCUGGGCAGACCUGGUUCUGCAAGAAGUGGUUCUUAUGGUCACACAGAUUCCGAACUUAGCGGAGACGAAAUCUCCGGAUCCACUGAAUCUGGAAAGGAAGAGAGGCGUCCAGCUCGCUCUCCCAAGUCUUCUCAAAAAUUGGACAAAGACGAUCGCAAUCGGGAAGUAUCCAGGCGCGAUGAUAAACGCGGUGAUUAUACUCAAGUUCGCAGUGACAAAAGAAGCUAUGACAGUAGAUCCGGUCGUGAAGGGUUUGCACCAUCCGGGGAACCUUCAAGACGGGGUCGAGGGGGGUUUCGGAACCGUGGUCCUACUACAGGCGGACGAAUGAAUACCAAUUAUGGUCCACCACCGAGUAAAAGCCCUUUUUCAACUGAACGGAAUGCAGAUGACAAAGAACCUAACCAACAGAAGCCCUCAUCACCUACGCCAGAAAGUGAAUUACCAGCUAGUGGUCCUCAGUUGUCUGAGUCCACUGAUGACAAGAUCAUAGCCAAACAGCAAGCGCUGACUGCUGGUAUUACUGGAAGACAUACUAAAUCCCCAAGUCAGCAAAGUCAGCAGCAAGGUAAUAAUAAGCAAGAUUCACUUCAGAAUCAGAACACAGUGCCACAGAGGUCACAAGUCAGAAAAGAUGAAGGGAGGACUAAGAGAAAUCACAGCAGCAGUAGACGAACACAAGGGAGAGAACAUCGUGACGGACGUUUCCGUGGCAACCCCAGCAAUGCACCGAAGCAAAAUUCAUCAGAUAUUGGUAACGACGACUGGGAAACAACUUCAGAUAACAGUGAAGAACACAUUGAAGAUCGGAAAGAAUCUCGAAACACACGUAAUAAAUCAUAUGGAAGUCGAGGAAAUCAAAGCUCUCACCAGAAUCCGACCGGCAACAACCAACAAUCUCGAAGAAAUGAUCAAUCAAUAAACAACAGGGAACAAAGAGAACGAAAUGUAACCAAACCCAGCAGUACGGCAUCUCGUGCUCCUGGAGCUGAGAAAAGGAAUGCGCAGAACGCUUCUUACAAUCAACGGAACCACUCUGGAGCCAUCCCGCCGUUGAUGCAAAAUACUCAACAAAAUGGCCGCCCUAGAAGUCAAGGAUCAGCAAAUAGCGGGCCUUCCAAUAAAGCCAUAAUAAAAGAAAGCACGGUUAAUCGUGUUGAUGAAAUAAAGUUAAAUGAUUUAAAUCUGGUAAAUCAAGCUUUGAAUGAUAUAAAUAAAAAAUCUGUCUCAAAAGAGAAGAAAGUUAUCGACAGUGAGUUGGAAGUAAACAAUUAUUCUGGCGGUGGAGACGAUGGGGCGAACAGUAACGAAGAUAAAAUAGAUGCGGAUGGCUUUCAAGAGGUUAGGUCCAAGAAGAAUGUAAAGGAGUCUAGGCAUAAUCAGAAAGAAGAAGCCAAACCCAUGAGACGUGAAAAAGAAAAGGAAAGAGAACGAGAUCGUUCAAAAUCAAAGUCUAACGGACCUCAGCCCACCCCACAGCAGAUUCAAAAUAUUCCACCAUUGUUGGGACAACCAAUUCCUCAGCCUGCCAACUUGCCACAGAAACAAUUUGACAGAGAAAGAAAUUCUAAUCGGCAAACAUUGGCCCCUCGAUUCCAGAAAGCACGUUUAGCUAAACAGCAACAACAGAUGGGAAUCGGCGAAAGUAACGACACAAAUAAAGUGAAUUCUAAUAAUAUCUAUGUUUCAAAAGACUCAGCUGCUGGGCCAGCUCCACCACCAUCAGUCAAUGCUUGGGAUAAACCAUUUACCAGUCAAAUAAGGUCCAAUUCACCAUCAACAGUUCCUGCAGACAUUCAACUUAUGUCUGGAAUAACUGGUCAAAAUGAACAUAAUCAUGAGACCAAUGAACAGGUCAAUUCUAGAGGUAGUAGUCAACGGAAUUCACCAAACACAGAAAAAACUGUUAAUAAAACAGCGAAGGAUAUUAUUGUUGAAAAAAAUGUUUCGGACGGAACUUCACCCCCUGUCCAAACGUUGAUUUUCGAAAAUACAAACUAUUCUAAAACCACAAAAUCUGGACCAUCGGAUCUGACGUUGAAAUCAAAGUUUUCAAACCAUAUGAAAACUCAACAGCGAGUAGAUAAACGCGGCGAAAUCGAAGAUGAUGGUCAGCUGCAACAGCAUCAGCAACAAGCUCUGUCUGCUGUCUUUUCCAACAAAUCUAACGAACUUAUGAAAGAUAAAUCGCAAGAACCAAUUCAGAUGCCAUUGACUUUUAGCAAAAACGAGGACAAUGCUGAUAUGAAAUUGGACUUUACAUUUGAUUCUGAACUGUCACAACUGACGGAAGAUGCUAAGAGUAAAUCUUUGGGAAUGCCACGAUCGAUUCACAUGACCGGGGGUCAAAGUACUAUUUCUCCUUCGACAGCAGAACUUAAUCUAAAAAUUGCAUCUGUGAAGAAAGUAUGGGAAAAUGCACCCCCAAUGCCAACAGUGGUCGAACAUGAAGAUGGAAGCGUUGUUGCCACUGCAAAUAGUUUCCCUCAACCCUUUGAGAGCAAUGAUGUCGACGACAGCUACAGUCCUCACCAGCAAUACAACCAGAGCAAUAUGAAAAACGAAAUAGCAACUUCGACAAAUGUAUGCAAGCUGGUUCCCCCGCAGGUGAAGCCGCAGCAACAGUCCUCUGGAAGUACUGGCGCCCAACCUGGAUCUACAGUUCCUGGCCCAAGUCCAAUCCGGCCUGGUCAAAGUCCCAUUGGUCAUCCUUCGGCCAGUUUACAGGGUCAGCUAAGCCCCCCUCCAUUUAACACAACUGGACAACCAUCCCACAUUAACUAUCCAGAGUUUCCUCAGUAUCCGGGCUCCCAAGCUGCACAAUAUGGAGGAAUGUCUGCUAUACCUUCACCACCAGCAGUCUUAUUCAACACUGGAUCAGGUCAAUUACCAGCGCAGGCUGGUGGGUUAUAUGGAGCAUUCCAGCUAGAUCAAAGUCGAUCUCCUUUUACUCAAUAUGCUCCUUAUGGACAAUCGCUUCAGAGCUCGUUUAAUCAACAGAGUGUCUACUUGCAACAACCUCCACCGCCUCCGCAUGCACCUAGUGCAACUCCUGACAUGUAUCAGAAUAACAUGUCACAGUACAGAAUCACAACUGCGGCAGCACCGCCUUUUGGUCAAAAUCAACAACUGAGCAAUAACCCAAAUACAGUGUUGAUCAGCUCGUCGUCAAACUCUCUCAUGUCCGCCAGUGUAAAACCGUCUACCCAACCAAUUGGUGCCAUUGGGACCAAAGCACCACAUUUUCAAGCUCCAUCAGCACAGCCGAAUCAGGUAACCUAUAUACCGUAUGAUCCGAACCAGGUUUUAGGUGUAAGUGGUAACUACAUGGGUAACUCACAAUUGGUGCAGCGACCUGGACCAACCGUUCAACCGUCUGCAAACAGUUACUACAGCGCUACCUCCGCCGGUAAACCUAACACGCUUCUGUAUGUAUUUCCUGGUUCACAAACAGGCUUCUACCAACCGGGUGGUGCGGGACAACAAACUGGGACUCAUUACGGGCUGCAGGGGUUUGGCCAACAUAGUCAGAGUCUUGCAACUGGUAGUGCCACGCCAGUUGGUCUUCAGAAUUUCGGAUCUCAGUUCCUUUCUGGAUCUGGAAUACAAAUGGCUGCUGCAGCUGCUGCUCAGCAGUAUAGAAACCCUACUGGAGGUUUGCCGGGACCUGGUAAUGCUGCUGCUACAUUUCUUGGAAAACACCAGCAACAAGAACAGUCUAGACAAUUGAAGAGCCCGUCGGGUAAUCAACAAGAUGUUUUGGCCUCCGUUUUCAGCUCUACUUCUCAAAUUCCUUCGCCAAAAUCGCGGAAUUGCAAGCAACAAACACCGACUCAACAACCGCAACCAAGUCCAACUCAAAUUCAUAAGUAUCAGCAAUAUCAGGGCGCCACUCAGUCUGCUCUGGUAAGCAGCUACAGUAACUAUGUAUUACAACAGAAUGUACGUGGAAUGGGCAUGCCGCCGCCACGUCCGGGAAUCCAACCGUCCCAACAACGUUAUCCAGCGCCAAUACAACGGCCAACUCCUUUUCCUCCUGGCCCAAACCCCAACCCAGGUCAACAACAACCAAACUGUAUGCCUACUCAGCAGCAACAACAGGCGCAAAUGAAUCGUCACAGGCCAAACAUUCACCAGCAACAGCAGCAGCAACAACAGCAACAGCAGCAACAACGUAAUAUGAAAAUGUCGCAACAAUACUACAGUAAUCAAGGUUUAUUUUGUUUCAGGCAAUGUGAAAAUGGACUCUAAUGACAAACAAGAUUCGCACAAUGAGAAACUGUCUGAGAGCAGUAAUGGCACUCAACCUGGUAACAAGGCCAACGUGAAUCAGCAAGAUGGUGAGAAUAAAGAGGAAGUUAACCAACAAAAUGAGUAGAUAAAUGAACUUAGUUCUUUUUCUAAUUAAUCUAAACUGUGAACUGUAUUUUUUAAGAUUAGCUUGAUUAGAAUGAAAGUUAAACUUUAAUAUAAAGAUGAAAUUAUGGAUUCAUAUAAUCUUGGAUGUGACAGACGAAACGAGAAAAAAAAGUAAGAUGAACCAAAACGGAAGAAUUUGGCGCUCUCGAUUAGAAAUAUGGUGACUUGAUUUCACGCGUGAAAAUUUUUUUUUUUACAUGAUUCUAGGUUCAUGAUUGGGAGAAAAAUAUGUCUCGGACUUUAAUUUCGAGAUUAGUUUGAACUCACUGUUGAUGAAAUCCUAAAGUUUUCGCGCAAAAUCAUAUAAACAGCAGUUGUUCAUCAUGUUGUCCCAAUAUGGCUGACUUUUCGUAAAUUUGUAUUUCAUAUAUACCAUAAUGAUACAUAGAUUCCACAUAUUCAAGAAAGUCGACACAUAUACAUAUUGAUAGGAUUGUAUUAAAACUCGAUAUGGAGAAAAAAGACAAAACGGCUAUGAAUUGACUAUAUUCGGCUAUGUUAAGAGGAACGACCAUGUGUAAAGUGUUUUCGUGGACGAAUUCAUAAUUCAAUUACGCAAAAUGAAUGCAUUUAAUGUUAAAUACCAUAAUAAGAGACGUUUUUUGUGUACGAGGUAUUCCGACUGAACUAUGCUGUUAUAAUAUUUCCAUACUAUACAUAUGGAAUGAAUCUUUCAAUUAAUCAAAUCUUGCAGAAAUAAUGGCAAAAUAAUUAAGCCUCUGCUGUACAUACAUUGAAUGUGAAUACGAAAUGAGACGUAUAAAUCGAACCAGGUAGUUACAGUCUGUUUUAUUACGUACCUAAUAUGGUAGUGAAAAACAAUUGUUUCUGAAGUCACACGAAGUUGUGUAAUUUGCUUGCCCUGUGGAACUCGCAUAUGCAAUGAUUAUGAUUGAUUAUUAUUCAUGUAACAUGUUACGGAAACAGUCACACAGGGCUAUGAUGAGAAUGUUAUGAGAGAAACGAAUAUUAAUACUAUCAUAGAAAUCAGUGCUACUUCUGAGGGGAAAGAAGUGAAAAGUUUGUACGCAUUGAUAAUUGAUAAAUAACAUAAGAUAUUGUUUGUGAGCUGGUCGCCCCUUAUCUGCAUAAGUUAACGUAGAUAUUAGGGGUUAUUUCGCUCGUGUUGAAUCCUCUGACCCUUCCCCGCCUCUCCCUCCCCCUCUUUUCCAUUGGAUUAUACACACAAUUUCCUGCUGUAUUACAAGAAAUGAAAAGAAUGAAAAAAAGAAUACGAAUCGUGGAUAAAUUGUAUAUGCUAUGCUUUUUGUUGCAGUUCGUUAAUUAUUAUAAAAAUAAAUCUAUUAAAAUAAUAAACGCUAGUAAUUACAGAAUGUCUCCGUCGUUGAAAAUUUAUUGAAAUAACAUCAUUCAAUGUCUUGUAUCGAACUGUGAGACAAUACAAGAUUUGAUAAGGGUUGUUUAAGAAAUCGAUGAACAUAUAUGAAAAAAAAAAAGAAAAAAAUAUUUAACUACUGCCAGUUGUGUCGAUAACAACCAGAACUUUUUUGUGUACUUCAUAAUUGUGAAAACUCAAAUAAUAUAGUUUGAUGUGUCGAGUAAUUACCUAUUAAAAUAUUGUAAUGUAAUUACUUAUUCUUAGCCUUGAUAUGUCUUUCUAUAACUUGAUGAUUCUCAAAAUAUGAUGAAUUACAAAGGGAACACGCUGUGUUUAGUGUGUCUUACUGUGCCCACUGCACAAAAUAUAAUCGGCGUGUUUCAACAUGAUACGGAAUGAUGAUAUUUUAGCGAAAAUGUUGUUGGCGUUGAUUGAACCUAGUAAAGGUCAUUUCUCACACUAUUUUAUUAUUUUUAGUUACUACAAUAAUUAUUAUUACUAUCAUCGCGAUGAUCAUUAUUAUUUUCUUAAAUUUAUUGUACUACUGCACGUAUACACUCAGCAGAUGAAGAAUAUUGGGAAUAGCGAAAGAGAAAUCUUUUGUGGUGGUAAACUUCAUCAGCGAUUUAUUACAGAUAUUUAAGACAUCUGUUAAAUCACAUUUAAUGCUUACAUGUGAAGUGGUACUAUUUGAAUCGUGUCUCUGAGGCGCUAAGGGAUUGGUGUAGGGGCCUGUGAUUAUAUUACAUAUAUAUUGUAUAUGGUAUAUGAUUACAUUACAAAUUUCGGGAGAAUAACACCGUUAUUUCUUUAUGAUUUGAUAACGACUCUAUACGAAUUAAAUUGUGUACCAGUGAAGUGUACCAAUAAUCUUUGGUCAAAACUGCACUCGAUAAUUCAUAGUCAGAAGUCCGUGCGCAGUGAGUUGUAGUAUUAUGUUUGAUGUCGAUGGUUUGAUUGAACAAAUAAAUAGAGUGUGAAAAGAAGAAAAAUUUAUGGCAGUAGAUAAAUCGAAAAAAUGAUGUUAUAUUAUUGACUGACAAUACGCGACCUGUAGAUAUUGUUUUAUUUCAAAGACUGAACGUACGUGUAACUUUGAUGUGUGUCUCUUGGAAAUUAUGAAAGUGUUGGCUAUGUGGGAUCUCACGAUUUUUAGUGGUAUAGAAAGGAAAAACGAAAUAGUAUUUGAGUAAGAGGAAAAUAUAUUUUUAUUCUCAACAGACUCCCGAUCUUUCCCUAAGCGUCUGUACUUUUAUCUACUUGUAGUUAGUGACAUGACAACAGUAAUUUAUAUAUUUACCCAAUUAAUGAUAAUAAAGUAACUGAAAGCAAAAAACUAUUAUUAAUUUGUAGAUUGUAAUAACGAAGAAAUUGUACAUGAACGUCGUUGCUAACGAUACUUUAGGUGAAAAUAAAGCAAGCCUCCAAACAGAAA